AUUACAUUCAGUGAACUUCAGUGAAUUCUGCGAGAGUUGGCUGUUCUAUUGGUCGGUCGAAUACAAUCGAAUAGUUGUGUUGGGACAUGUGCGUAAUGAAGUAUCUUUUGUUUGAAUCGUGAGGUACAUCCUUAUUUAUUAAUAAGGUAAACAAUGUGGACUACAAAGACCUUUCUGAAGAAAAGGAAGGGCAGUGUACUCAAGAUUGUACGGGAACAUUAUCUUCGUGAUGACAUAUGGUGUGGAUCAGAUAUAUGCACCAUUUGUGCUCAUCAAAAUGAGGAGCUAGUUUUGGAGAAAAAUCCUCAGCCAAAGAACAAGAAAUUUCCAUUUCCUCAUUAUAUUGUUUUGGACACAUGUGUUGUUCUCAAUCAGAUUAAUGUGCUGGAAGAGGAUGCUUUAUGCAAUGUUAUAGUUGUGCAGACUGUUUUAGAAGAGGUGAAACAUCGGAGUUCUUCUGUUUAUAAGAGGCUGCUGGAUAUUGUUGGGAAUCCAAAUCGAAAAUUCUAUGUUUUUGUAAAUGAACAUCAUAAGGAUACAUAUGUAGAGCGAGAACCAGGGGAGAAAGUUAAUGACCGCAAUGAUCGUGCUAUACGAGUGUCCGUUGCAUGGUAUGAAAGCCAUCUGAUGUCAAGUCAAGCAGACCGAAGGAAAAGAGAUCGUGUGAAAGUGAUAUUACUUACAGAUGAUGUUGAUAGUAAGCAGAAAGCUGAAAACGAAGGUCUUCACGUUGCCACAAUUAGUGACUAUGUAAGAAAUGUAGAAGAUUGCCCAGGUCUUGAAGACAGAUUGUCCCAACAUAACACUACAUAUGAGCUUCAGGCUGGUGGGCGAGAACCUUUGUUUCCAGCACAUUUUACUCCAUCACAGAUUCAUCAAGGCAUAAAAUCAGGGAAAUUACUUCAGGGUUCAUUCUUGGCAUCUAGAGAAAACUUUCUUGAAGGACAAGUGAAUGUGGAAGGACAAGACAAAAUGAUUUUAGUGCAAGGACGCGUGGGUCUAAACCGAGCAGUGGAUGGAGAUAUCGUGGCUGUAAAGUUGCUGCCAGAGGAGGAGUGGUCAGUUCCCAGUCAUAUGGUACUGCAGGAUGAAGGUGAUGAUUCUGAAGAUGUACUAGAAGAGGAGAACGCCAUUUUAAAAAGUAAGGAUGAGCGAGUUGCGAAACUACCUACUGGGCAUAUAGUAGGCAUUAUAAGAAGAAAGUGGAGGCAGUAUUGUGGAAUUUUGCAAAAAAAUCCAAUAGAAGGGUCAGUGCGUCAUAUAUUUGUCCCUGCUGAAAGAAAAGUUCCGAAAGUAAGGAUAGAGACCCAACAGGCAGAUAUUUUAAGUAGCCAGAGAAUUAUUGUAACCAUUGAUUCUUGGCCACGUAAUUCUAGGUAUCCACUGGGGCAUUUUGUACGGGCUCUAGGUACAAUUGGUGACAAAGACACCGAAAAUGAAGUUCUGCUCUUGGAACAUGAUGUUCCUCAUAGCAAGUUUUCAGAAGCGGUUUUGAGUUGCCUCCCUAAGUUGCCAUGGGUUAUUACAGAGAAGGAUGUUCAGAGCAGAGUUGAUUUGCGACAUGUGGAUAUUUGCUCUGUGGAUCCUCCAGGUUGUACUGACAUUGAUGAUGCUCUUCACUGCAAGGAACUGGAAAAUGGAAAUUAUGACGUGGGCGUCCAUAUUGCUGAUGUGAGUCACUUCAUUAGGCCUGGCACAGCAAUAGACAAAGAGGCCGCACUCAGAGCAACAACUGUAUAUUUGGUGGACAAGAGGAUUGACAUGGUACCAGAGUUGCUGAGUUCAAAUCUGUGCUCUUUGCGUGGAAAUGAAGAGAGAUUUGCUUUCUCCUGUAUUUGGGAAUUGACCAGUGAAGCUGAAAUUGUUAGUACACGUUUCUGCAAGAGCAUCAUUCGGUCACGACAGGCCAUGACAUACGAGGAAGCCCAAAUUAAGAUAGAUGAUUUAACACAGAAUGACACUUUAUCAAAAUCGCUCAGAGGACUGAAUUCGCUUGCAAAAAUCUUAAAGAAGAGGAGAAUUGAAAAUGGAGCUUUGGUGUUGGCUUCGCCAGAAAUCCGAUUCCAAGUGGACAGUGAAACGCAGGAUCCAAUUGAAGUGGAAGCAAAGAAGUUGCGUGAAACCAAUUCAAUGGUAGAAGAAUUUAUGUUAUUGGCCAACAUAUAUGUGGCCAUUAAAAUACUGGAGGACUUCCCAGAGUGUGCCAUGCUACGGCGUCAUCCAAAGCUUCCAGUAUCAAAUUUUGAGCCUUUCAUUAAGGCAGGAAGGAAUUUGGGUUUUGAAAUCAAUAGUGAAUCAGGAAAGGCUCUUGCACUGUCCCUUGAUAAUGCUGUGAGACCAGACAAUGCAUACUUCAACACUAUGCUACGUAUUUUAGCAACCCGCUGCAUGAUGCAAGCUGUAUAUUUUGCAAGUGGAAUGGUGCAGAGGGAUGAAUUUUUCCACUAUGGUCUUGCUGCUCCAGUCUACACACACUUCACCUCACCCAUCAGAAGGUAUGCAGAUGUUAUCGUUCAUCGUUUGCUGGCUGUGAGUAUUGGCGCAGAUGUCACAUAUCCUGAUCUCCUGGACAAGAGGAAAUCUCACAGUUUGUGUCACAACCUCAACUACAGGAAUCGCAUGGCGCAGUAUGCAGGCCGGGCAUCUGUUGCUCUCCAUACACAUCUCUUCUUCCGAGGCAAGGUACAAGAUGAGCAGGGCUAUGUGCUAUGCGUACGUAAGAAUGCUCUCCAGAUACUCAUCCCCAAGUAUGGCUUGGAAGGAACACUGUAUGUGAGCCCACACAAAGGAGCGAAGCAGAAUGUUACAUUUGUUUACAGUGAAGAGAAACAAACCCAGAAGUGUGGUGAUGUAAUUUUUCGGCCGUUUGAUCCGGUUACUGUACAGCUCAGUUUAGACAGAAGUAAUGUGCAACAUGAGAAAAUAGUUCUGAAGUUAGUUCACCCUCAGAUCCCAGGGUUUAGUGUUCCCUCAUUGAGCUCAGUGAAGCGGAAGGAAAGUGAUGAAAAUCUGCAAGAGGAAAUGGAAAUAUCAGAAGUAUCAGUGUCACCACCCAUUGAAAAGAUAUCUACAAAGAAGCAGAAAGUUAAGUGAUGUGAGCUCUCAUGGAGAGCCUGUUGCAUUGAUGAGCUGGUAAUGUAUUUUUAUGAUAAUGAAAUUAGUGUGUGUUCAUUCAGACAGCUGUCUCUCAAGAGAAAAGCAUAUGUCAAGGUUCUUUUUUAAUUUGUGCAUUCAGUAUUUCUGGGGACUCAACAUCAACAGCUUUUGUUCCACAUGUUGCAAAAAGUAAAGUUUCAUUAUUAAAAGUUUAAUUUUUUAAGUUACUACAGAAUGUUAUUUAUAUGAAACCUGAAUCACAAUGAUUUAUGAUCAUCCUGUAUUAGAUUUCAGAUAGUGUGAUUUAUUUCUCAAAAUACACCUAUGAAUAUAUACAUCCCCCCCACUUUUCUGUGACGUGUUUUGUUUUAUGUGAAGAUAAUUCUGGGCACUCCAUGUCUAAUGUUAUAAGUUCAGUUAAGCUCAUUACUUUGUGUAAUACAUAUUCAUACAAAUACA